CUCAGAACCGCUUUCGCCGGGUUAAUCUCGCCCCGCCGUGACCGUGGCCUUUCACCUCAUAUCCCGGCAGCCACACACGGCGUUGAUUCUCCUGCUCGACCCCUUUUAUUACCAGAAGACUUCAACACCUGUAAAGAGUUCACCCAUCUAGGAAAUGUAAUGUUUGUUCAUCAGUUUACCCAUUUACCGUAGUGUGAAAUUGUUGGCGGAGACAUGGAGAGAAUUCACGUAUCAGUUAGAGCAAGACCACUAUCUCUAGAAGAAGCCAAGACUAGCCCUUGGCGAAUCGCUGGAAAUUCAAUUUUCUUUUCAAACCAGCCUACAACAAAAUUUGAUUUUGAUAGAAUAUAUGGGGAGGAAUGCAAGACAGGGGAUGUCUACAAAGCUCGAAUAAAGGACAUUGUGUCAGCUGCAGUCAAAGGAUUUAAUGGAACUGUAUUUGCAUAUGGUCAGACAAGUAGUGGAAAAACACAUACUAUGCGAGGUUCAAGUUCUGAACCAGGAGUAAUCCCUCUGGCAGUGCAUGACCUUUUUAACUUCAUACAAGAGGAAGUAGACCGAGAAUUUCUUUUACGAAUGUCAUAUAUGGAAAUAUAUAAUGAAGAAAUAAAUGAUUUGCUAGCCCCGGAACAUUGGAGAUUACAAAUCCAUGAAAGUAUUGAGCGCGGAAUAUUUGUUGCUGGCUUGAGGGAAGAGAUUGUUGCUUCUCCGGAACACGUACUUGAGCUUAUGGAGUUUGGAGAAUCUCAUCGCCAUACGGGAGAAACAAAUAUGAACUUGCAUAGCAGUAGGUCUCAUACAAUUUUUCGAAUGAUUAUAGAAAGUAGGGAGAAAGCUGAACAUGCGAAUUCAGAUAGUUCAUGUGAUGCAGUUCGUGUAUCUGCUCUGAAUUUGGUGGAUCUUGCUGGUUCAGAGCGUGCUGCGAAGACAGGAGCAGAAGGUGUUCGUUUGAAAGAAGGUUCACAUAUCAAUAAAAGUUUGAUGACUCUAGGAACAGUUAUAAAAAAGCUAAGUGAAGGUGCUGAGAGCCAAGGUGGUCAUGUUCCUUACCGGGAUAGCAAGCUCACACGUAUUUUGCAACCGGCACUAGGUGGAAAUGCAAAUACUGCGAUCAUUUGCAACAUUACUCUUGCUCAGGUUCAUGCAGAUGAGACUAAGAGUAGCCUUCAGUUUGCAAGCAGGGCAUUACGGGUUACAAACAGUGUUCAUGUGAAUGAGAUAUUGACUGAUGCUGCUUUACUCAAGCGUCAAAAGAAAGAGAUUGAGCAGCUUCGAGGGAAACUGCAGGAUUCACAUUCAGAACAUCUGGAAGAUGAAAUUCUCAAUUUGCGGAACACUUUAUUGAAGAGUGAAUUGGAGAGAGAACGGAUUGCAUUAGAGUUAGAAGAAGAAAAAAAAGCUCAAGCAGAAAGGGAGAAAAGGCUGCAAGAACAAGCCAAGAAAAUUGAGAACUUGAGUACUAUGGUGUUGUGCUCUAACAGAGAUGAGAGCCAUGAUUUCUACAAGAAGGAUACUGAAGAGUGUUGUGUUCCUGACCAACAAGCUCUGGUGCAUGUUACUAGCAGGAGAAAAGGGGUCCCUUGGAAGAAAAGCAUACAAACAGAACACAAGAAUUCAGGUGAGAUGCAAGCACAACAACAACAAUACCCCAGCGCCUCAAAGGCUCCCGCCCAAUGCGGGGUAAGGGGGGGUGAGAUGCAAGCACAAUACGAGGAAUUGCUUUUAGAAUUUGAAACACAUAAAACUGUGAGUGAUAUACAGAUUGACUAUCUAACACGGAAGCUUGCUGAAGGCGAGGCUCUUCAGAUUGAAAAUUUUAAUGAUAGCUCAAUGCAGUAUAACAGUAAUAAGAUUCACCUGAUGGGGAACAAUUAUUUAAAGGACUCGGAGGCUAUUCUUGUGAUUAAACAGCUCCAGGAAAAGAUCAGACUGUUAGAGAAGGAGAGAUCCUCAAGCCAAGAAAGUUUGGAUGAUGUAGUCGAGUUAGCAACGGAGCAAACAUUAUCUGCAAGGGAAAAGUACGCAGAGGUUUAUCAAGAGCUCUUGGUUGCAAAAGAAGAGGCAAAGGGGGCCAGAGAGCAACUUGCUUCUGUAGAAUUUGCUAAAGAGAAAAACUUUGAGAGCCAGAUUCUGGCUGAAGUUGAAAGAAUGAUAACAGAGGUUGAAAGCUUGGGAAACUUUGUUGAUUCUACCAUUCCAGUUAUAGUGGAUGAUCUUUUUCAAUCACAUUUUACCAUAUCUACUUCAAUUAAUGAGUUUAAGCCUAUAAUUCCAGAGAUUUCUAUGCAAAUAAAAUCAAUUACUCAUAACCAAGAGAAAUUAUGCUCUUGUUUGAGAGGGAGAAUCAAUGACCUUGAGGAUGAGAAGGUGCUACUCCACAACCAAAAUUUGGAACUUCAUGUCCAGAUAGAACAACUACAAAAACUUGUUCAGAGUUUUGACGAUGCAUUAGCUGACUACUCAGAGAAACAUGAAGGCGAGAAGCUUGAACUCCUUUCUCAUAUUCAUAGUCUUCAGAAGGAACUCUCAAGCGUAUCCUCUUCAUCCUUUGCUAGGGAAAAGGAAUCACUUAGAAAAGAUUUGGAGAAAACAAAAGCAAAGUUAAAAGAUACAGAGUCCAAGCUUAAGAUUGCCAUCCAAGAGAAAACAAAACUUGAGGGUGAAAAAGCAUGUGCCGAGAGGGAAAUCAAAUUAUUGCAUGGCCAGAAGGCCACUCUGGAGCGUGACAUAAACAAGCAUGACUCCAUUAUUGGAAGAAGGCGCCAUUCUGUUCUUGAUAGGAGUUCCAAUGCAUUUGAGGCUAAAAGAGCCAAGGGGUCAACCUCUUUGGCAGAACAAAUUAUGCAGGAAGACUUCAAGAAGCUUGAAGUCCUUGCGUUUGAGAUGGAGACAACUAUUGCUUCCCUAGAAGAGGAACUAACAAUCUCCAAUGAGGAAAAGGAAGAGGCGAGGAGUAGAGCGGAGAGUCUGGCAGCUGACAUGCAGACAUUAUCUGAUGAAUUGGAUGCAUCAAAAGAAGAGUUGAGUGCUUUGAAGGAAGAGGCUUUGCAUCUUGCAUCAAGCCUGGAAGAAUCUAAGUCUCGCCAUCAGGAAUUGAAAAGCACAAUAAACACAUUGUUCGAAGAAAAGGAGGACCUUGGUAUGCAACUUGCUGAUGCCCUUUUAGCUAUAGAGGAGGAGAAAGCUAUAUGGUCUGCCAAGGAAAGAGCUUCAGUUGACGCUAUUGCAGAAACAACUAAUUUAUAUAAUGUUGAGAUUGCCACUUUAUCCAAGGGAAUGUCUGAGUUAAAAAACGAACUCGAAGUUUACAGAGAAGAGUGCAAGCUCCUCAAAGAAAGAUUGACACAAUCAGAUAGAAGCACAUCGCUUGAAAAAGAAUUCUGUACUGAGAAAUCACUAGAGAUUGAUCAAAUUCGAAAUGAACUAAGAGCUGUUGAGGAGCACAGUACAAAAACACAAGAGGCAUUGAAUUCACAACUGGAAGUUGUUUCUUUAGAGCACCGUAACACUAUUGAAGAGGUAGAGAAACUAAGGGUGGAAUUAAGCAUGCUCAUCAGAGAGAGAACAGCCUUAUUGGCUCGAAUCAGGGAAUUGGGUUCAAGAGAUGAUUUUCAGAGUCCAAAGCAUGAUGAAUUGGAGCAACUAAAGAAAACACUUGCCAGUGUAGAGGUCAAGAUGCAUAGUGAUGAGGUGAAGGCCAGUCUGGAGAAAGCUAAGCUUAGAAUGAGGCUUCAUGGGACCCAGAGAAAGCUGGAUGCAUUCCGAGCGAGACACACGGAUUUGGUGAAAGGGAUGGACCUCAUGAACCAAAAAUUCGAGACAGCUUCAAAAGAAUUGAAGCAGCGCUUGGCUUCGUGUGGUCAAGAAAUCCUCAGCCUCAAGAAGCAGCUUGCUGCCUGCAAAGGGGGGUGAGGAUUAUUACUUGUAGCUUAGACCUAUUAACAACCACUAGGGGUAGAUAUUUUGUAGAGUUGAAAUGGUAGUAUUAAUUAGCUCACUUGUUUAAGCUUUAUGCAUUAACCCUGUAUCAUUAAAUAGCUCUGUGAUGAGUCAUUAAGAAUUAUCUUUUAUUUCCUACCGGUUUGUCACUAGAUUUUUCCUCACCCCGAGCUAUCCUAGUCGGUCGUUAGGCUGCAAUCUCGUGUGCCUAUUUGGCGUCACAAUUUUACAAGGGUGAUGCUUAGUGUACACCAACGUCGAGACAUGGUCAAAUCAUAUAUCUGAAGUGUAAGAAUGAAACUUUAUGUUCAUG